AUGCUUCCUAUGAUCAGACCUGCCAUUACUGGCGCAUUAAGUAUUGGAUCCCAUCUUUCUGGAGUCUUUUUGAUCUUCUUACUAAUUGUCAACCCAGCGCGUCCUCGGCUGGCGCUAUGCCUUCGCCCGCAGCCCAUUGCCGCCCUGUCGACCUCGUCCGUGAAAUCAGCGACUGCUCUCGAGCGCCAGGCAUCAACAGGCCAGUCCCUCUCUGCAUCCGGUAAAGUGCGGGCAGAGGUGCCUUUGGCCAGUCAAGAGAAGAAGGAGGGUGCCAUGCAAUAUGUCCUGACUACCCUUGACCAGGUUGCCAAUUGGGCCCGCCAGAGCUCCCUGUGGCCCAUGACCUUUGGUCUUGCCUGUUGCGCCGUUGAGAUGAUGCACCUUUCUACCCCUCGGUACGACCAAGAUCGCCUGGGUAUCAUCUUCCGAGCCUCCCCACGACAGUCAGAUGUGAUGAUUGUGGCCGGUACAUUGACCAAUAAGAUGGCCCCUGCUCUCCGCCAAGUUUAUGAUCAGAUGCCCGACCCCCGGUGGGUGAUCAGCAUGGGUAGCUGCGCCAACGGUGGUGGCUACUACCACUACAGUUAUUCGGUGGUCCGGGGAUGUGAUCGUAUUGUGCCCGUGGAUGUUUACGUUCCUGGAUGUCCUCCCACCUCCGAGGCAUUGAUGUAUGGCAUUUUCCAGCUGCAGAAGAAAAUGAGACAUACUCGUAUCACUCGCAUGUGGUACCGUCGUUAA